AGCAGCAGGCACAGCCAGGCACUCGCUGGAGCACAGCUGUGUGUGCAGAGGGAAUGAGUGGCUGCAGCAGCAAGAGCAUGGUCCUGGUCUCCCUGCUGGGGCUCCUGGCGCUGCUCCUGAGCGGCACCUCGGAAGCACAAAGCAACCAGGAUUGCUGCCUGUCCUACACCAAAGUGCGUCUGCCUAAGUGGGUCCUGAAGGGUUACACUGAACAGCUCUCCAGUGAGGUCUGCGACAUCCCUGCCAUCAUUUUCCACACUGCCAGUGGGCUGAAUGCCUGUGUAAAUCCUAAGGAAGGCUGGGUGAAGAAACAUCUCCUUUACCUGAGCCACAGGCUCAGGAGGAUGUCAGCCUGACGCAGUUUCCAGCAAGGAGCUAAACACAGACAUGGCUGAAGAAGCAUUGGCUUGAGGCUCCUGGCUGAGGUGGUUUGUACACUGCUGUGUGCUCACCCACUGCCAACUCUGGCUUCUUUGGAACCAUGAACUUCUUGAAUUGAUUCAUAUUGCAUCGCUGUUUUGCUUGAGUUAAGCAUUUUGUUGAAGUUUCUAUUUUUACUAAUGUGGGUAUGUUACUGAUAGGACAUGAGUACUGUUUAGUAAGGUCUACUUUGAGUUGUUGUACAGAGUGUGGAUUUUAUUAAGUUUAUUGCAUGUUGGUUUUGUUUUCUUCAGCACAUGUAAAGCAGAUUAUUUAAUAUGUUUAUUUUGUUAUUGUGUUGUGACAAAAUGUUUCCUUUAAGCUGUAGUUAGCAUUAUAAUGCCUCUUGAAUUAUUGUUAAACAAAGUCUGUUUGUAGAAAAAAAUGGUAACUGAAGAUUAAAAAAAUUAAAUGUUAAAAUCAG